AUGCCGUCCACCGCCGUUCCGAAGUCUAAUAAUGGCCAAAAUAGGGGUAUAUUUAAAAACACUGCCGGCAGUAGCACGCUCAUCACUGUUACGGUAUUGUCACUGGCUUGGCUGGCCGGCUUCGCGUCCCGGCUUUUCGCUGUGAUACGUUUCGAAAGUAUAAUUCAUGAGUUCGAUCCUUGGUUUAAUUAUCGCUCCACAGCGUAUAUGGUACAGCAUGGUUUCUAUAAUUUCCUCAACUGGUUCGAUGAGCGCGCGUGGUACCCCCUGGGUCGAAUUGUGGGGGGGACCGUAUACCCUGGUCUAAUGAUCACGUCAGGCACCAUACACUGGAUAUUGCACGCGCUAAAUAUCCCCAUUCACAUUAGAGAUAUUUGCGUUUUCCUAGCACCGGUGUUCAGUGGUCUAACUGCAAUAGCAACAUAUCUUCUGACGUCUGAACUGUGGUCUCGUGGAGCGGGGCUGUUUGCAGCAUGUUUUAUAGCCAUAGUGCCUGGGUACAGCAGUAGAUCAGUUGCGGGAAGCUAUGACAAUGAAGGCAUAGCUAUUUUCGCACUUCAGUUCACAUACUACCUCUGGCUUAAGAGUGUCAAAAGCGGGUCCAUAUUCUGGUCAAUUUGUACAGCAUUAUCUUAUUUCUACAUGGUGUCAGCAUGGGGUGGCUAUGUGUUCAUCAUCAAUUUGAUACCACUUCACGUAUUUGUGUUGCUGAUCAUGGGCCGUUUCUCUCAAAGACUGUUUGUCAGUUAUUCUGUUUUCUAUAUAGUUGGACUGUUGUUGUCAAUGCAGAUACCCUUUGUCGGUUUCCAACCGAUACGUACAAGUGAACACAUGGCAGCGUCUGGUGUGUUUGCGCUGUUAAUGGCUAUUGGUGCUCUGAAGUACCUGCACAGUUUGAACCCUAAGGGACAAUGGAAGCAGUUGUUGAUACUGGGCGGCAUGCUGGCUGCUGCGGCCGUGUUCCUUGUUGUAGUUCUGUUGACGUACAUGGGUGUUAUUGCUCCUUGGAGUGGACGGUUUUACUCGCUAUGGGACACGGCGUAUGCCAAAAUCCACAUCCCGAUCAUAGCGUCGGUGUCUGAACAUCAGCCGACCACGUGGUCGUCUUUCUUCUUCGACCUGCACGUGUUGGUGUGCACCUUCCCCGUCGGCCUGUGGUAUUGCAUCAAGAACAUUAAUGAUGAGAGAGUGUUUGUGGCCCUGUACGCGUUAAGUGCGGUAUACUUCGCCGGCGUGAUGGUCCGCCUGAUGCUGACGCUGACGCCGGUGGUGUGCGUGCUGUCGGGCAUCGCGUUCUCGAUCCUGCUCGACCUGGUGCUCAAGGAGGACGACCAGCCCGUGCUCACUGUGGAGAAUGACGAGUCCAAGAAUCUAUAUGAUAAGGCUGGCAAGCUAAAGAAGCGUACACACGAGACGGCGCCGCCGCCUGACAACGGGCUCGGCAUGAACGUGCGCUCGGGCACGCUCAUCGCGUUCAUGAUCCUGCUGAUGUUGUUCUCCGUGCACUGCACGUGGGCGACGUCCAACGCGUACUCCAGCCCUAGCAUCGUGCUGGCCAGCUAUGGGAAUGAUGGAUCUCGUAAAAUCCUCGACGACUUCAGAGAAGCAUACGGCUGGCUGUCUCAGAACACGGCGGAAGACGCUAGAGUCAUGUCCUGGUGGGAUUAUGGAUAUCAGAUAGCGGGAAUGGGCAACCGCACAACCCUAGUGGACAACAACACGUGGAACAACUCCCAUAUAGCCCUCGUGGGCAAGGCGAUGGCGAGCAACGAGAGUGCCGCGUACGAGAUCAUGACCAUGCUGGACGUGGACUACGUGCUCGUGAUCUUCGGCGGCGCCAUCGGGUACUCCGGCGACGACAUCAACAAGUUCAUAUGGAUGGUGCGCAUCGCCGAGGGAGAGCAUCCUAAGGAUAUACAUGAAGCGGAUUACUUUACCGAGAGAGGCGAAUACAGGAUAGACACAGAAGCGUCCAAAACAAUGUUGAAUUGUCUAAUGUACAAAUUAUCAUAUUAUAGAUACGAUAGUGGCGGCAGUCCGCCCGGCUACGACAGAACGCGCGGCGCGCUGCCGGGCAACAGGGGGUUCAAGCUCACGUACUUAGAGGAGGCGUACACCACCGAGCACUGGCUUGUGAGAAUAUACAGAGUUAAAAAACCAGACGAGUUCAAUCGUCCGCGACUGCCUUUAGCGAAACGUACAGUACCAACAAGCAAUACUAUUUCUAAAAAGCUUUCGUUAGGAGGCGGAUCAACGGUACAGUAACAAAUUGGGUUAAUUAUGGUUUGAUCUCCACAUACAUCCAAAAGAAGAAAAGGCAUCCUCAAAAACAAACCGACAGUAGUGAAGGGCAAGAAGGUUGGCCGAGUGGAGUGACGCCGCGAGCCUCGCCGCCGCCCGCGCAGAUAAUGUUCCCAUAUCAGUGGUCAGUCUGCACCGUGUUUUGUAAUAACUCUACAAAUUUAUAUAUAAGGGUUUUAAUAUUGUGAGCGUGAUUGUUCGUGUGACACUUUUUCAUAAUUUUCUAUCGAAUUGUCGCGAUAUACAGAGACCACUGUUGCUUGUUUACAGAUAUAUUCGAUACAAAUUAACACUACGCUAAAACGAUUUCGGCUUAUUUCUCAUGAUUAUUUCUUUAUCUUUUAUAAGCUCAUAAAAUUUCAUUUUCUUAAAAAAUCGAUUUUAAUGACACAAAAUCUUAGUUAAGAAAGGUCUAGUAAUAGUUAUCUUACUUUUCUCUUUAAACGUCUCUAUUAUCGAUAUUAUUGAUAACAGUGUUGAUAUCGAGUUGGCGUAGUGUUAAUUUCUGGUGUCGUUUUGAUAGUUAAAAGUUCAGACGGUUUUUUUAAGUACACAUGCUUAGCUAGUUAUGGAGACCACUAUAAUAUGUAAGCUAUUAUUUGAGUAUAUAUUGCUGCUUCUAGCAGAUGUGCAAGGCCUAAUAUCUAGGGGAAGGUUAAUUGUCGUUAAAUUGUUUGACAUCUUAAGUAUUCUACUGCAUUCUGCUUCUAAUAUUCUUUAAUAUAAUUGCUGUACUUUUCUGAAAUAGACACGUCUUUUUUUUAUCCGGACUCAUCUGUUUGAAUUAUUGAUAGUCGAUGAGUCUCACACCAACGUAUUUAUAAGUCCUGACAGUUAGCUAUACUUGAAACUGUGAACCAUAGAUUGUGAAAUGUUGCGCUUUAUUCAAACAUGAAAUCCUAUUUUAUAUAUUAACGUAUUCAUUAUUCAUAUUUAAGUAUAGAACGGCGUUUAUUGUAAUUGUAAAACAUUGUUUGUUUAUUGCAAAUGCGUUGUAUUCUCACCACUGAUUUAUAAUUGACUGACACCAAUUUUGUGUAUUUAGUCUUUUAGAUAAAUGUUUGAAAGUUAAAUAAAAUAUUAGUUAAUUGAUUUGACACGCCACCUCGUGUGACCUGUCCGUGCAAGAAGUCUUGGUCUCGUGAAUAAAAUAAUAUUUGUAUACAAAAUUUUAAUUGGGGACAAACAAUAUCAUUCGACUAUUAUUGCUAGAAUGUGAAUUAAUACUUGAGCAAUAACUUGACGCAUUACCGUCGUAAUAGAGUUCGAUAUUUUUAUGCGUUUUGUCGGAUUUUUUCUCGUGAACAUAUCCUCGCAACAUUCGCUUUAUAUUAAACAUUUAUACGUAAGUAUAUUGUGUCAAUGUUUAUUGUUUCCUUUAUAAUACGGAUAUUUUAUCGGCAAUACUGCAAUGUUAGCUAUGAAGUCUUCUUAUUUCACUGGACGUAGAGAUGUCGUUUUAUUUUUCGAUAAAAUGAUAUCGUACAAUCGUUUUACAAUCGAUAGGAAUAAAGUAUUUUGAAAUUACAAUUUAAAAAGAGAACAUUGCAGUGUAUUCGACAAUAUUUUCUAUUCUAUAUACUAAUUCUAACACAAUAAAAAAUUCUGACAAAACUCAUAAAAUAAUCGUAACUUUGGUAUCGUGUUACGAUUCUAAUGUUGUUCGACGAGAGUGUAAUUGUAAUUUCUACGUCCAUUUGUAUAAUAAUUAAAUGUUAAUUAUAAAAUAUUUAGCAUUAUUUGUCGCUAAUGCCGUGUGUAAUUAAUUUCACGUAAGUUAUAAUGCCACCGUAGUGUUGCUGUCGUUUCACUUCGAAUACCAUCGAUAAUACGAUUACGUUAAAUUUGUAUUUCAGACGUUCAAGCUUUCUAUUGCUGUCCUUUUUACUUUUUUUAAAGCAUUUCCUACACCACAAUAUUUCAUUAUACUUAUUACCUAAUUUUCAUUUUUACUAGAUCAUCAAAUGUUCUCUUUUCUUGGAUAAUUUUGCACUUUUUUGAUUAUCAUUAUGUCUUGGUGAGAUAACAUUUAUUGCUUAAAUGAUUUAUAAGUUACCAGGUUUAAUGGAGAUCAUUUAAACGACGUUGUUAGCAACAGGAGAGAAAAAUAUCGAUGAUGGAUAUAUUUUAAUACAUAUUUAAAUAAACUUGUAUUAUUAAUAUAACAUUAUCUUAGACCAGAGAUGUCGAACCUAUGGCACGCGUGCCACUGGUGGCACGUGACAAAAUAAUUCGGUUACGCGAAUAAUAUGCCAAACAAUAACAUAGUUGCUAACAAGGGGCAUUCGGAUAGAUAAAAUCGGUUCAGGAUAGCAGGUCACAUACCAUUUUUUUUUGUUAUAAAUAAUAGCACGUUAUCCAUUAAACUUAGACCAAUUCAAUGCAAAGGUCCACGAUUGGUAUCGUGAAGUGAAGGCAGCACGAUGUACCUCGCUUUAUUUUCAGUACUUACCGCAAAGUCGAAGUUUAGUUUGGUAUCACAAGUCUAUGUUAUUCAUUUUGCGUUUUAGGUGAUUAAAUAUUCUUGAUACGAUGCAAUAAUGAUUUUUGUGAAUUGUUGAUACUAUUGUAAUAUAAAUCUACCAAAGUAUGAAAACGUAAUUUGAUAGUUGAUCAUCUAGUUCGUGUUAUGUGGUAACAGUUGCCUUCUGGGCAAUAUUGUUCCGUAACUAAAUAUAAUUGAUUGUUAACGCGUUUCAUAUAUUGGCCGUAAACCAUUACUGGGAUAUUGAAUGUACAACUGAAUAUUUUUUGUCUUGAGGAAUCGAUGCUGUUUGGCAUCGAAUUAUGAUUGUUAAUUGGUAUUCAAAAAAGUAAAUAUAAUUCAGAUUCACGAAUGUUUCACGUGUUACGUAUUUUAUUUUAUUGUUGUGCAGCACUAUUUUGUUUUUUCUUAUUUGUAAAAGAGUUUUAUCGACCUGUAGAUAAGAUUCAUUGUGGUCUACAAUGUUCUGAAUAAAUGGAUGAAGAUGAAA